UUUUGUUUUUAUAUCCCAAUAGCUCUGCUCCAGCACCCGCUCGCGCUGCCGCCCCAGUGCCGGCACGUGCUGCCGCCCCACCACCGCCGCCAGCACCCAUGGCCGCGCCACCAAGCGCCGUCGGAAUGCGCCCCCAGCAGCCUUCGAUGUUCCAGCAAAUGGCCGCCACCGCUGGCGGUGUUGCAAUUGGCUCCGCCAUCGGUCACACCGUGGGCCACGGUCUCACAUCCAUGUUCAGCGGCUCUGGCGACAAGGAAGCAGCGGCCCCAGCACCGGCUGCCGCGGCGCCCCCGCAACAACAGCAGCAGUACUACGCUCAGCCCAACGAACCCCAGGGUGCUUGUGCCUGGGAGAUGAAACAGUUCAUCCAGUGCGCCCAGGGCCAGGCGGAUCUGACGCUCUGCGAGGGAUUCAAUGAGGCGCUGAGGCAGUGCAAGUCUCAGAAUCACAUGCAGUAGAUGUGCUGGAAGACAACACAACAACAACAACACAACAGCAUACUUGAGAGAACACCCUCGUCCUACGUCACCAACAUCGACAGACAUCAAUAGUCGUAAUAUGUUGAGCUAAAGUUGUAGUUUUUUUUUCGUUAGUUUUAAUUGUUUAGCCCGAGAAUCCAGAAAAGGAGGAAAAUUGUUUAACUGUAGUGCAAAAUAUUGUUCAAUAGAAACCCCAUCGGCAGCCCCAUUGCUGCCGAUCAAAAAAAUACGAAAA